AUUUGUCAAAAUAAAUUCAGUCAAACAAACGAACAUGGAUUCUGCGGAUUAUUCCGAUAGUUCAUAUUCAUUUAGUAAAAAUGAAUACGGUAAAUCUAACUCAAAUUCUCUCAAAAACAACACAAGUCAUUGUAGUAAUAUUGUACAUAAAUUAUUUAAUAGGGAGAUCUAUGGCAGUAUCACAAGAAAGUCAAAUGAAAGGAGUCGUAAAAUAUUUGAGAAGAUCCCACCAAGGCUCCGUUUCUGCCUCAUUGACAUCGUGCCCAUGGCGUAUCUCCGGGAGCAUGUGUUCAUGGGUUUCUCUCAGUGUGGCCAGUUUCUACUCAGUUUCACUUACAGCUGUAACACACAAGCAUAUUUUAGGGAGAGCUCUAAAUUUACCUUACAUUUCCUGUCGUGGGUGCCUCGCGGCAUAGCGAAGCCGGUCCACAGCGUGCCGCUGUUCGGCGACGACUACGUGGACAGCAAGGUCACCAUCUCCAUGGCGCAGUGGAAACACAACCCCGGCGUGCUCGUCGUAUAUGGCAUUGCGGAUUCCUGCUCGGAAAGAUCCUACCUCAGUGUGAUCGGCGUACCUCGUUUAGGAUGUAAGAAAUGUGCUGCGUAUUCUAAAGAUGAAGACGAAGAGGGUAAUGGGACAGGGCCAGAAAAUUGGGGCAAGCGGUGUUUGCAACACAACUUCGCAAUACACACGAAAUUCUUCUGCACAUCCGACUCCAGCAUGUACGAACCAGUCGUCCAGCUGGCGUACUCCAACCAAAUCAUCAUAUACACAGACUUCAUCCACAUACUCGAAGUGGAUUUCGCUAAGCCCGACGAGAGGACCGAAGGGGACGAAUGUAAAUACUCAUUAGAUAGGGAAGAAACAAAUUCAAUAGAUACCUAUCCUAACACACCCGCUUCGGACGUCUCCGCGCCUUUUCAGUCGCCGAAAUAUCAGAAUAAUGUUGUGCAAAACAUUUUAGCGGAUUUCUCCGAUUUGGAGAUGGAACCUUAUCAGAUGUCGCGGCCUGUGCAUUUGCCUGACGUGAUGGGCCAGGAGCUGUGUAUCCAGGCCUCCUCAAUAUCGCACAAUUUGGCCGAGGAAUGGGAAGGACCCUCCCCGUCUAUAAGAACACUCAUCAGUCCGCCGCUGAGAUCUCCCAGGCGACGCCCGGCAGAGAGUAUGUCAAGAUUCAACGAAAUGCACAGAAUCAUUGCGGAGAAAGCUUACGAAUUCGUCGAAGAAGCCGAAACGAAGUGUGAAAAGUUGAGUAUGUUCAGGAAACGACGGUUAGCUGAUAAGAAAUACGAAUUUUCCGAGGACAACAACGAGAACAUAGUCCCAUUUAGAGUUUUAAGGAAUAAUAGGAAGAUAUUUAUUGGGAAUACGAGUAAGAAUCCGCCGCGGCGGUCGAAGUCCCCGCCGGUGGAGUGCGUGGUGCUGAGGGCGCACAACCAGAUCAGUCGGCCUUCAUCGCCCACCACCAGCUCGGGGUUGAAGACCUCCGGUCUCUCUGCCUUAGAGUCCGACCACAACAGCGAAUCUGAAUACAGAGUGAUGGAAAUGCUAGACGAUGGCUCUCUCAAAACUGUCUCCGUUCACGAUAACACGUCAAAAACCCUGUCUGAUUGCCCGGUGAACGAACAGGACCCGUAUUUGGUUCAUUCGGAGAACUCGAAGUGCAGCAAAUUCUUCACGAGGUACUUUGUGGAGAGCGACGACGAGAUUACCUCCAUCAUUACGGAUUCUGAAGACGACUGCAUAUCGGGCUACCACGUGGCGCUGCACCUGACGGCGCACGGCGCGGGCUACGCGCCGCUGCAGGCGGCGGGUGUGGGGGCAGGCGCGGGCGCGGGAGGGAGCGCGGGGGGGGGAGCGCGGCGACACGCGGCGCUGCGCGCGCGCCAGCGCUCGCUCGACACCGAGCUGCUCUGCAACGAGGUCUGCGGCAGACUGUGCGACAUUCACGGCAAGAAGUUUGUCUACUGCUUCGAUUGGGGCUGCCAUGUCAUCGAUGUGUGCCAGUCUAGUGGCUGUUUGUCGGGGCUGUGUGCAAUGUGGAUGUGGGCUACGGACGGCGCUCACGGCACGGCGGAAUGCCAGGCCUGCAAGGACGUGAGCGCGGGCUGUGUGUUACAUCGCAAGCAGUAUGCUGCUGAGUGUCUGUUUGUGUGGGACUUGGUGAGCGGGGUGUACCGCACGGAGCGGGUGUCCAUGACGGAGGACGACAGUCAGGAAGGCUCCAGGGUGUCAGGAGCGGAGCGCGCGCGAGAGUUGGCCAAGCGGCUCGGGCCCGUGCACUCGCCGCCCGGGAACGAGAACAGGCUGCUCACGACACUCACUGGGCGUUCGCUAAAAAGACUGACAGAUGUGGACAACUGCAUCGAGAUCACCAAAAACCACCCCGACAGCUCCGAGUCAGAGUCCUCCUCCGACGAGGAUAGCGACUCCGAUUGACUGAUACGAUAUGCCUUUUUUAGUUCACUUUUUAUAGUCUGAUUCUACCUCACCGGUCUGACAACUAUGGAUGCUGGCGACCGUGUGAAGUGGAGACGAAAAAGUAGGGAAGUGGACCCUGGGCUUCGACGCUGAACGGCUGAGGAGGUAACCGGAAUAACGCUCAGAUCAGAGAGAGAGUUCAAUUAAAAUCCAUAACAUAUUUAUUUCAUCAACUUUGUGUAUAACUUAUGUGAAAUUGCUCGAUCAAAGGAGAAAUCGAAACCAGUUGUUUGUUUUUCCGCUUAAGCUUUAGAACAGUGUGAUGAGCGAAAUAAGUAUAUAAAUAUGUAUAGCUUAUACGGUACCGCUCCCACCCGACAAAUUAACGUUUAUUGAAAAGAGAGGUUUAGAUCGUCCACUAAAGGCUUAUUUCACCUUAACAUCACGAGAGUUGGAAACUGUCCGCUGAUUUGUUGUCAAUGUAAAAUAUGUCUACCGGUGUUGCACUAAAGUACAAAUUUCAAUGAUAUUAUUAUGCCUAUUGAAUAAUUCGUUACAAAACAAAUUUAGCGACUGAUUGAACCUCUUUGAAAACACAGAUUUUGUUGAUGGAUUUAAAUAAACUUCCAACCGUAAAUAAAACUGCCAAAAUUACAUAAUAUAAUAAUAUAAAUACCCAAAUCACGCCCCAUUUUAAGAAUUUUGCAGAUAAGUUAAGCACUUAGUGCUGUUUUCACAAUUCACAUGUGUCUACUGUAGAUAGUACAUAUUUCAUACAUUUUAUGAAAAUCUAGGGGUCGAGCUUAAAUGGCGCAUCCACAUUGCUAUAGGGUGUGUGAAGAAAAUAUGGUCACGGGGCUUAGAUAGUAGCAGUUUUUCACCAAAUGAUGGUGGAAGUGGAAAAUAUAUGAAUCAUUACAGCAUGUCUAGUUUUCCGCAAUGGAAAGUGGUAUGAUGGCUAUAAUGGCGAUGGUGGAUGGUGGUCAUAAUGGCUAUUUUCGUAUGAAUUCGAACAGGUAGGACGAUGUGACACAAUAUAGCAAGGUGGCUUCGGUCUAAGAGCUGUAUCACAUUGGUUACCGAGCGAUCUCAAAGCGAGCGCAGCGAACAAUAUUACAUGCAUAAAAUAAUAAUAAUAGAAUAUGAUAAAAAAUUUAUCCGCCAUAUAGGAUAAAAAAAAUUAAUACUAUUUUCGCGAUUUCACAUUCACCCCAAUUCGAUACCAAUAUUACUAACAUAAAAUUGUGUUCGCGUAAAGGGCCUUGAAAUCGCCCAGAAAACAUUGUGAUAAAGCUGUAAAGUGUGAUUUUUGCCGCAGGCGGCAGCUUUUAUAUCAAAAAAUGGUUGUGUAACGCCCUGAAAAGGCAAUGAACUACGUAAUUCUUACCAUGAGUGCUCUUGGCAUUAAGGAAGUUUUGUAAAUAGGUUAUAUGAUUGUUUGUACAUCGAAAUUGCUCUUAUGCUUACGGAUUUUUUUCAGCAUCAUGCAUUUUAUGUGGCUUUAUGAAAAGAAAGAUAAUUGUGCUUCUGCUCCAAUCUCAUCUCAAAUUAGUAAAAUUUUGUCACACAAUACUGGGUUUGGUUAUGGGUUUAAUAGAUCACACAUAUGUUUCUGAAUUCAAAUUUAUAAUCGCGUACGAUAUUGACUUAUUUUAAUAAAAUUUACAUAGAAAAAAAUCGGCACGGUCAAUCCUGGCGAUGUUUAUUAACGUAAAUAUCUAUGAAAUUUAAAUAUGUAUCUUAAAUCAAUUCUGCAUGUGAUGUAAGAUUGGUAUUGACGUCUAUAGUCUUCAAUAUCAAUGUCAUAAUAUUACUCUGUCGUUAGUUGUAUCAAUAAAUAACUUUUGUCUUGAAGGAACAGUACUAUAUUUUGCUUGUCAUUUCUUUUUCGGUGAACUAAACGAAAAUCAAUAUUAACACGUGCUCAAAUGCUUUUCGUUAUUUUUCGAUCUCUAUAUUUUUUUAACAUAUGACUUUUUAAAAUAUGUUGAGAAAAAUAUUAAUUUGUAAAUUUAAUACUGUAGUGAAUAAUUCUCUUUAAUUAGCUAAGUAUAAGUUUCUAGUAUUCUAAACAUUAUAUUUGCAAUAUAAUAUGGUAUUUUCAAAAACGACGGUAUUUUGUUUUUGAAAAUGCGAUUAAAUUUAGCAUUUGAGUUGCGACUACACUUAAUAAGUGUUAUGUAUAUAGCAAUCUAUGAAUGUGACGAUAGAAAUCGCAAUAAUCCUCAAUGAUAUUAAUCUUGUGUGUAGUUUAGAUGUUAAACAAUCAAAAUGUUGAUAAUUAUAAGCUCUUGCGCAUUGAAAAGAAUUGAAUGUUAAAAAAAAACAUCAAAAAUUGCCAAUUAAUUACCAAUACUCUAAAAUGGGUAAAUUGUAGUAGGGGCGUAAUUUUCUUUGAUGAGUCUACGAUGUACGUAUGUCUAUGGCUUUGUAGCUCUCAAACUUAAACCCAAAAAUGAUUUAUUGAUCUCAGCAUGCAGUGUUUUCUUAUAAAUUAAAUUUAUUUGGAAUUAAUUUUAUUAAUCCCUACGUCCCUAUUGCUUGAAAACACCAAUAUACUUUUUUUUCUGUUGUACAUGUAACUUUUCUCUCAUCACCGCGAGUUCCCGGUUGCACUCCCGGUUGUGACGCCACGGUAACCGGAGUCAGCGUUGAAAAUAAUUAAUUAAAAUUUUGAAGAUCUUCAUUUUGUCCUAAAACGAGUAUACUCUUUCACUUGCGCUCGAGCUUUAAUAAAUUUAGGCUCAUUGUAAGGUUGUGACUGUUGGUAAUAGGUUUGUUUAAAGUGCCUAUCAGUCAUUAUAAUGUAACUUUACUUUGAUCUCUAUCACCGUUUAAUUUGCACGAAAUUACUUUGGCAAUAUUAAAUUUAAAUUUUUGACUGGUCCUCGCCUAAGGAUGACAAUAAUCGAACAUUCAUAAACAUUUUUUUUUCAUUUAUUAGUUCCAAUUAGCAGAAAAUUUUAAACUAUCUAAUAAAGUGAUUUUGUAUGUUAUUAUUAAUUAUAUUAUUAAUUGCGUAUAUAUAUUAGUAAUUGCGUAUUAUUGUUUUGUGCGUAAACUUGUAAAUAGGAACACUUCUACAUAGAUCAGAAGGCGAGGACUUUUAAUCUUGGACUUUAUGUAUUAGUGUGUAUGAGUCUUUAUACUUUGUGUGAGUGGGAGUCUUUAUUUAAAUGCAUUUAGUUCCGGUGUAUGUGACACGGCACUCGGAGCCCUUGCCAUCAAAUGUAUGGAAGUCAUUAAGGUAUCGUAAUAAAUGGUACAUGAUUUAAUGUCUAAAA